AUGGGAUCAUCAUGUACUAAAUUUGUAUGUUAAGACACUAUAGAUUCUGAUCUUAUAAGCUUAGAAUCUAAAAUGAGAACUUUAAAUGAAAUGAGUAAAAGUACUAAAUUGUCAUCUCUAAAAUUGAGUAUCACAUAUACCAAUCCCAUAAAUUUAAAUGUUUCAGAAACAUAAAUAAAAGAGAUUGAUCAUCAUAUUAACAAAAUAAAUAAAAGUAAAGGAAGAAUGAAAUGUUUUAAUUUUCAAGAAGAUCAUCAACAAUAAUUUUGGCUUUCUUAAGUUUCUCAAAUUACUGAUAGUCCAGUAACAGUAAAAAGUGAAACUAGAAGAAUUAAAAAGAAAAAUAAGCCUUAGAAAAAGCUUAUUUAGAUUUAAAAUUUAGAUUUAUCAUUUUAUACUCAAAGAAUAAGUUACUAAUUAGAAAAUAAUGAAAACCAUUCUUAAAGAAGUAUUCUAAAAUCUCCUUUAAAUAAAAGUUUUAAUUCUUUCUCUGAACAUAAGAAAGUACAUUUUGCUUAAGGUACAAAUUUUAGAUCAAAUAAAACUUCUCCUUUAAAAAGAACAAUGUUCAAAGACUUAAGAAGAAGUUUAAUAUGAAUGUUUACUCAGUUUGUAUUAGCAUUAUUUUAUAUUAUUUUUACUAAUAUUCCUAAAUGGGAUCAUGUUAAAUCUAAAGCGUAGGAUCACACACUAUAUCAUCUAAAGAUUCUUCAUCAAAGUGUAUUCAAUCCAAAUAAUCCAUUAUUGAUAAUUAAAUUGUACAACCUUCAAAUAUUGAAAAUAAACAUGAAUUAGAUCUCAUUAUUGAAGAUGAAUAAAAUUUACUUACUGUAUACACUAGAAUCAAAAAGAACAAGAUAUUAUACAAUUUUCAAGAAGAAGAAUCUCAUAAAAAAAUAUCCAAUAAAGAUGAUGUUGAAUCUCUUAAAUUAGUAGCUAAAUAAAAAAGACUCUUAUUUAGGACUAGUGCAACACAUAGUCAUUUUAAUGAAAUUAAAUAAAAUUCAUAAACUUGUAAUUAAUCCUUACAACAAGAAAGAGAAGAUGAUGCAAAGUCUGUCAAAAGCAUAUUAAAAAAAAAUAGCAAAUUAAAGGAUAGUCUUAGUGGUUCUCCAGAUACAAGAUCAGUUCGAUUUGCUAAAGGUACUAUUUUUAGAACCAAAAGCCAACGUUCUCUACAUCAUAUGAAAAAUUAAAAAAAUAAUCGAUGUGAAAAAAGACCCAAUCUAUCUAUAGAUUCUUUUGAAAAUAGAAGUCCUAAUUGGAAAAGACAUAGAGAGUAAGAAAGAGUGUAUAUUCCUAAUAUUCCUGCACUAUUUUCUUUAAAUCAAAAUAUAGGAGUUAAAACUAAACUUUUCCCUAACUAUUGA